GUUUUUCAAUGCCACUUAAGGUUGUAUGAAUGGUGUUCGAAAUGCACGAUAUAAAUAAAGCUGCCUUGAGUUUUCUGUCCGCAUAAUGUUUGAACCUUCUGCGCCCCCGCCCCUCCCGUCGCGGAGACCUUAUGACGUCAUAGACGCGGCGCACUUGUCCGUCACCGCGCACCGAGAAAACGCGGCAUUCAUUUACAUCCAUCCAUCCGCCUAUCCAUGCACGCGUGCAGGAAAAUCGUGCAUUCGAUUCAAGGAUUGCUUUGUUGUCAUGUCACCGUCUGAGCCGCGUUCGAAUACAAAUAUACUCAACAAAUACGUGAAGGCUGCCAAAUAGGCGGGACUUCCUUUCCGGCAGUCAGCAGAGUUAGGCUGUUUAUCUCAGUGCGCACGCAGUGCAACGAUCAGAUAGCGAGGUUUCUGCACAUGAUGCUGGGUCUUCUCCUGCGUGGCGGUCUGGGCCUUCUGGUCCUCUUGUGGUCCUUCAUACCGCCGUUAGUUUCUCUCCGGGACCUGGCAGAGCGCCCCAAGCUGCUCCUGGUGUCCUUUGAUGGCUUCCGCUGGGACUACGUGAACCGCGUUCCCACACCUAACUUCCACAUCCUGAUGGAGGAAGGCGUGACAGUGGAGCAGGUGGAGAACGUGUACAUCACCAAGACCUUACCCAACCACUACAGCCUGGUGACGGGCCUCUAUGCCGAGACACACGGCAUUGUCGCUAACGACAUGUUUGACCCGGUCCUCAACCGCUCCUUCUCGAUGGACACAGACAGCCUCUACGAGUCCCAAUGGUGGGAGCAAGCGGUACCCCUGUGGGUUACCAUCCAGAACUCUGGAGGGCGAAGCGCCGCCGCUAUGUGGCCCGGUUCCGACGUUAAGAUCCAUGGAAUGUUCCCGACUCGCUACCUCCCAUACAAUGCCUCAGUCGGUUUUGAGACCCGGGUGGAGCACAUAGUCAAAUGGUUCUCUGCUCCUGAGCAGGAGGCUGUGGAUUUCGGGGUCCUGUAUUGGGAGGAACCGGAUGACAGCGGACAUGAUUUCGGGCCCGAGAGUUCCCUAAUGGACGCCGUCAUCGCCGACGUGGAUGAGAAACUCGGCUUCCUGCGCAACGAGCUGAAGAAGGCGGGCCUGUAUGAGAGGGUCAACUUGGUGGUGACCAGCGACCACGGCAUGACGCAGCUGUUCGCCGAUAAGAUCAUCGAACUGGACCAGUACGUGAGCAGAGACCUGUACACCUGGGUAGACAAGAGUCCCGUGGUGGGAAUACUGCCCAAAGAAGGGAAGCUCGAUGAGGUAUAUGAGAAGUUGGCUGAUGCCAACCCCUACAUGGCGGUCCACCUUAAGGACGCCAUCCCCGAACGCCUUCACUACCGCCACAACGUCAGGAUCAUGCCCAUCCUGUUGGAGGCUCGGGAGGGAUGGACCAUCGUGCAGAACAGGAGCACACCGCACAUGCUGGGAAAUCACGGCUACGACAACACUCUGCGCAGCAUGCAGCCCAUCUUCUUGGCCCGUGGUCCAGCGUUCCGCCAGAACUACGUGAAGCCCGCCAUGCGCUCCGUGGACCUGUACCCCCUCAUGUGCCACAUCCUGGCCAUCCCGCCUUUGCCGAACAACGGCUCCUUCUCGAACGUUCGGGACCUGCUGCACCCAGAGCCAACAGUGUCCCCGCCCAGCAUCCCCACCCCUGCGGGGCUGGUGCGGCCUUCAUAUUUCCCCGUGGUGGUGGGUUCCUUCCUGGGCUUGAUGCUGGUCGUGGGCUUCCUGAUGGUGUUUGUGCAGCAGGUGACGCUCAAGCAGCUGCCCUCGCUCAAACAUGCCAGCAGGGAGAUGUCGCAGCCUUUACUGCAAGAGGACCUGCACCUGUAGCCGGACGCGAGCGGAAACGCUGGACUCGUAUCCCCGUCCUGGAGGAGAUCCGAUUAUGAGCAGGUGGGGAUUCUGGUCCAGUGUGGAUGGUUUUUGGUGGUAGGACUUUAAAACCUUUGUGCAAAGCUUUUAGUGGCUUCUCUUUGAUUGUGAACCGGGUUUCAAAGGGCUGGAAAAUGUCUGGUUUCUCGAAAGUUUCCAGUCAAUAUCCAUUGGAACUUAAACUGGGGACUUUUGGAGA